GAUAUUGGAGAUGACUUAGCAUUCCCAUUGCCAAUGCCUGAAGAUGAAAAUUGCAGCCCCAGUCCACAAGUCAUGCCACAGGAGACGGAAGCAGAGGAAGAGACACAGGUGACUACAGAGAGUGAAUCAGGAGAGGGAGAGGGAGAGAGAGAGGGAGAGGUAGACAGACUGCUCGGGAACGUUCACCUAUAUGCCAAGAAGGAACUGGAGAGAGAUAGACCCCGCUGCUGAUUCAGAGCCAGCUCCUCUUCCUUUCGCUGAGCCCACUGGACCACAACUUCCAGCAAUGUCAAGUCAGACUCCAGCAGAUUUCUUUCACCUGAUGUUCACUGAUGAUCUAUACUUGACAUGAUUAUCGAAGAAACCAACAGAUAUGCAAAGGCACGAAUUGAGACCUUAGAAGAAGAAGGGCAGUUAGGUCCCCGCAGCAGGUUCAACAAAUGGAGACCCCUGACAAGAAGCGAGCUGUGGGGCUUCCUAGCCAUAAUUCUCAAUUUGGGGAUCAUCCACCUACCCGACAUUGAGAGUUACUGGAAGACCUCAUGGGUGUGUCAGGUCCCUU